AUGUCGGUUCUUCAAAAAAUUGCGGAUAUCGAGGCCGAGAUGGCCAGGACCCAAAAGAACAAAGCCACCAACGCUCACUUGGGUAUUUUGAAGGCAAAACUCGCCAAACUUCGUCGUGAUUUGAUUACACCAAAAGGUGGAGGUGGUGGACCAGGAGAAGGUUUCGAUGUUGCUAAAACUGGAGAUGCCCGUAUUGGAUUCGUCGGCUUCCCGUCCGUCGGAAAAUCUACCCUUCUCUGUAACCUGGCAGGAGUCUUCUCAGAAGUGGCCGCUUAUGAAUUCACGACCCUCACUACAGUCCCCGGUGUUAUUCGUUACAAGGGAGCGAAAAUCCAGCUUCUCGAUCUUCCCGGAAUUAUCGAGGGAGCCAAGGACGGAAAAGGACGCGGAAAGCAAGUUAUUGCUGUUGCUCGCACCUGCUCUCUGAUUCUGAUGGUCCUCGAUGUGAUGAAGCCAUUGCAGCACAAGAAACUUCUCGAAUAUGAGUUGGAAGGAUUCGGAAUUCGUCUCAACAAGCAACCUCCAAACAUUGGAUUCAAACGAAAAGAGAAAGGAGGAAUCAAUCUGACAAUGCUCGUACCACAAACCGAACUCGAUUUGGAUCUUGUCAAAAGCAUUCUCGCCGAGUACCGUAUUCACAAUGCUGACGUCACUCUUCGUUACGAUGCUACAUCUGAAGAUCUCAUCGAUGUAAUCGAAGGAAACAGAGUCUACAUUCCAUGCAUCUACGUGCUCAAUAAGAUUGAUCAGAUCUCCAUCGAAGAACUCGACAUCAUCUACCGUAUCCCUCAUACCGUUCCAAUUUCCGCUCACCACAAAUGGAAUUUCGAUGACUUGCUGGAAAAGGUUUGGGAAUACCUCAACUUGAUUCGUAUCUACACAAAACCAAAAGGUCAGCUUCCCGACUACUCCCAACCGAUUGUAUUGAACGCUGAACGAAAGAGUAUCGAAGAUUUGUGUAUGAAAAUUCACAAGUCUCUUCAGAAGGAUUUCAAGUGUGCCCUCGUUUGGGGAGCUUCUGCCAAGCACAACCCACAACGCGUCGGACGAGAUCAUGUUCUCAUUGAUGAAGACGUCGUUCAGGUCAUCAAAAAGUAG